ACAUACAUAUGUACAUGUGUAUACAUAUAAGUUUAUAUGAAAAGAUAAGGACUUGUAAACACUUAAGAGGAAUAAAGCCGAGUCGAUACUUUCGCAAGAAUAUUUGAUUAGAAAUGCAGCUAAGAAAAGUAAUUUCUUAAAACAUAAGUAUAAUAUAUGCCAAUAAUAAGAACAUGCAUUUUCAAUUUCCGAAGGGUAUAUAAAGUGAAAAGUUGAGCUGUAAUCCUCAGUUCAACUGUAGCUACCGUAACGAGCAGCAAAAUAUCAAAAAUGUCAAGGAGCUUAAUCAUUGUAAUAGUCAGCGCAUGUCUGCUGGUGCAAGCACAAGCCGUUCCACGCAUGCGUCGUGAAGCAGGCGAGGCAGUAGUCGAAAGGAAGCAAACAACGACGGCAGUGCCCGAAAAGGCGAAUUCAUCCUCCUCAGAGGAGUCUCCACUGAAAUUUAAGCCACGUCAGGUAGUGAUGACAACAACCCUCGUCGACUUAGUUGGUUUGGCUAAAUAUGUUACCGAAAAUGGUCGUCCACUUUUUAAGAAGGCUCUGGCCCAAUUGGAAGCGCUUCCAGAAAAGAGUCCAGCGUUACAGGCGAAUAUUACCCGCAUCGCCGACUAUCUUAAUACUAACUCGCACGAGCCGAAUACAGCCGAAGCUGAGGGUAUGUUAUCUCUUUUCGAUUCGCUGAUUACACUCACCAGCAUAUUGGAGGAUGCCAAUGAAAUACCACCCGAAUUGGAGCAAGCAAAAACCGUUCAAAAAGCUUUCAUCGAUAACGGUGCGGAUAAGUUUGAGGAGGACUUGAGAGCCGAAUUGAAAGUGGUGUCGGGAAAAUUCGAAAAGGCGAUUGAAAAAUAUUUGGAAAGUUUGAAUGAAGAGCAAAAGGCAAAGGAGACCAAACUGAUCGAUUGGUACACGAAGUUUACGAAUGAGAAGGAUGACGAAAAGAAGGCAGAAUAUUAUACAAACUUUUUCGACGCUUACAAGCCAUAA